GGCGCCAGUCAGGCCGAGCAGCUGCGAUGACAUCCGCCAAGGAGGCCCGCAUCUACACACAGGCAGACAAGGACGGCCAGUUCCGACGUCAGAACGCCUUCUUCCGGGACACCAUCUCGGCUGAUCAUCCGGUCUUCAAGCCUGACUCGGGCAGAUACUUGCUCUACGUCAACACAGGAUGCCCCUGGGCCAACCGGACCAUCCUCGUUCGCAACUUGCUCAAGCUCCAGGAUCACGUUGACAUCACCUAUCUCGCGCCCAUCCUCUCUCCGGAUGGCUGGUACUGGGACGGCAAGGACGGCGCGGAUGAACGAGAUCCCAUCUGGGGUCAUCACCUCAUCAGAGACGUCUACCACUCCGUCGAACCAAGCUACGACCUCCGCUACACUGUGCCUGUCUUACUUGACAAGCAGACUAAACGUAUCGUCAGCAAUGAGUCAUCAGAGAUCAUCAGGAUGCUUUACACUUUCCCCAGUGCGGACAGCAAGCUGGACCUGUAUCCGCUUGCCAUGAGAUCCGACAUCGACGCCCUCAACGAAUGGAUCUACAACGACAUCAACAACGGCGUCUACAAGACUGGCUUUGCUGCCAGUCAGGCAGUCUACGAUGAGCACGUCCGUACCCUCUUUCGCGCGCUCGAUCGACUUGAAGCCUUGCUCUCUUCCGACGGCAGGCAAUACCUGCUCGGUUCCGAGCUCACAGAGGCCGACGUACGGCUCUAUCCCACGAUUGCGAGAUUCGAUAUAUCCUAUCACUAUGCUUUUCGCUGUAAUUUGCGCAAGGUUUCAGACUAUCCCGCCCUUCAGGCAUGGUUCAAGCGGUUGUAUGCGCAACACGAAUUCAGAUCUGCCACCCACUUUGAUCAGAUCAAGGUCGGCUAUACCAUGGCUGCCGCCAAAGGAGGCUGGGACACUCAGACUGAUCGUCCCAUCGUGCCUGCCGGUCCAGUACUGGAUCUAUAG